AUGAGGAUUCAUGAAUUUCACAGGUCUGAAGCAAAUGCUGUAAAAGGAGAAAAUUAUAAAACAAGAGAACUUGGAAAUGAUUCCAAUUGCUCUUCCUUAAAUUCUUCUUGUGUCCAAAAUAGUAGUAUGCAGCCAUCAAGUUGCAAACCAUUGUCCGAUAAAUUUGACGAGCCAUUAUUGACAGAUAUAGCUUCUGAGCCGACCCAUGAGACUGAAAGACAUAUAAGAGGUUUUGCAAGGGAUCCUACAUGCUCAAGGGAGAGACCAAAUGGAGACGAUGAUCGAGCUGAAGCUUGUGUCCAAAAUGAAAGCCUCGCAAUCCAUGCUUCACAUCUAAAAAAUCAGCAAGGGAGUUUUGAUGUGCCUGAAGGCCAUGAAUGCAUGCUUUCCACUGAUAAAAUUCAAAAGGAGAAGCGAAAAGCAGGAAGACCAAAAAAGUUGCGUUAUAUAGCAGAAGACAGUUCUUCAAAUGGGUGUACUCACAAAAGAAAGCGCGGUCGUCCAAAAGGUUGGAGAAAGAAUCCUGAAAGAGAUGUUUAUUUAGAAAUGAUUGAUGCCCCUGUCGAAAAACGUAACCCGAAGAGUGUCUUUGACGCAGUUGUGGUACCUUUAAAUUCUUUUAAGGGGACUACAGAAGAGGAAGUUGAAAAUGAAGCUUCGGGAAAUGAACUUCAAAGCGAAACGAACGACGAAAGCUGGAGUUUCGACGUGGACGUUGGCGUGAAAACGGACUUAAACUCGCAUGAAUACGGAUUGGAAGAACCCGUUCCCGGACUAACCUUUGAAUCUAUGAGUAUAGGCCCUCCAUCAAGUGAUUUACCUAGUAAUAAUGAACCACCGAAUGCUACUCAGUCCGAACCAGACUCUGAAACCAACUUUAGUUUUUCGGACGAUGAUUUUGCUGUUUUGGAUAAAAUUGAACACGAAUUUGAAGCACAUGAUAUAGAUCAAUCAAAAGAGUUUUCUUCUUCCGAUUCUAUCUCCCAUAGGAUUACUUUAUGUGAACAGAACGAACCCCCCCCUCAGAAAAGUGCCACUGAAAUAAUGGAACUACCAAAAGGUACUACCCUUAAUAGUCGAAAAGAGAACAAUAACAUAUUUAAAAUUAAUACGGACGGAAAAGCGAACAAAAUUGGGAGACGCUUACCAACAACAUCAGAUGGUUUAAGCAAGCUUGAAGCGAAGUCAUUUGGAAAUCCCGCUAAUUUCAAGUAUCCAACUCUCUUAAAAAGUCCAAAGGGAAGCCCAAAAACUUCAAGUAUGAGAACUAAAACCCCCUUUCGAAGCCCUUUUGCUUCAAAGAAUUCUGAUAAUCGAGCCAAAAAAACCCUUUCUAAGCCAUUUCGGCCUCCACUAAAAAAGGAUGCACCAUUUAAUAUCAUUGAUGAAGAGGUUAAACCUAAAUAUAUAAGCUCUUCAAGAACGGCGCACCAUGGUGACAUUGCUUCUACUAAUGAUGGACGGUCCCCUGUAAUUAGUAGAUUGCAAUCAGAAAUAUCUACUUUACAGGAUCAAAUAUCCAUAGUUGAGCUGGCUAAUGACCUGGAAAACGAUCAAGAAGAUGAGGUGGGAUUGCUCGAAAAAAUUCAAAGGUGGAGGAGAUCGGCUCAGCUGGCCGUUGAGGUUCUUUUUCCUGUAUUUUCAUUAAAAUUUACUACCAUGCUUCAGGAAGUCCCAGAGUCUAUUUUACCGAGUGUCGUAGAUGAUCUUCGUUCGAAACCGUGUAACAUUGGGACGUUUCUUGAGCAAUUGGAUAUUCCUUUUUCUCUAUUAAAUUAUAAUCCGGAUAGUGAUUCUUGGGGAGAUGAUGCAUAA